CGAGAGAUUGAUGAACAUGGAAUGGCCCUUGGUUUUUUAAAUGACUGGAUUACAGAGUGGAUUCAGGACUGACAAAGCUUACCACACUCUCUCUUUCCUUUGCUCCUUUCUUUCUUUCUCUUUUUCUCUCUCUCUCUCCUCUUCUUUUCAUCGGAAUGCAUUGCUUUUGAUCUCUACAUUCCUCACUCCUACUACACCACCACUCUCUUUCUUUCUUUCUUUUUCUUUUAUUCAUCAAAUACAUCCCUUUUAUUCUCUCACCCUUUACUCUUGCUCUCACUCUCACCCCCACCCUCAUCCUCUCCCUCACUCUCACCCUCACUCUCACUCUCAGCCCAGUCCCGUAGCGCAAAGGUAUUCAUCAGUUCCCUCACUCUCUCUUUCUUUUCCCAUUCACAAUAUCCCCUUUUGCUCAUUCAUCUUUAUUUUCCCUCCUUAAAUCAUACCUAAUGAUUGGGAAUGCUUUACUCGCUUCAUCAUCUUUACUUUACCCAUUGACCUUCUUUCAACUAUUAUAAUCUCCCUCCAAAACUCUCCUUCUUCUUUCCCAUCCCCAUCCUUUAUACUCCUCACCUCGGACUAAUAACUAUUAAGCCAUAGACCAUUUAUAUAUGGUCCUAGAAGACUGGAUGUUCAAUAUCUCUAUCACUCUACCGGCGCACCUUCUUAAACCUUGUGCCAUUUAAUUCCAGUCUUUUAGUAAUUUGACAUUCAUCUUGCACUGCCAAUCA